AUGAGACUACCUACAACCCCGCUCUUCCUACUCCCAGUUCUCGUGUCAGCAUCCCCUCUCCACCAUGCUUCCUGCAUUCCACCACAGACUUCUUCCAACACUUCCAACACUUACGACUAUAUCGUCACCGGUAGCGGUCCAGGAGGCGGUACAAUCGCCACCAAUCUCGCUCUUGCUGGACACUCCGUUUUGUUGAUCGAGGCUGGAUCGGACGCUUCGUUUGAUAUCCGCACCCAAGUGCUCGCUCUGAAUGACUACUCCAACACGAAUGUAGCGUGGCACUUCUUCGUCAAGCAUAGUGAUGACGAGGAGAGGUUGAAGAGGUAUAAUCUGUUGGUUUGGAGGUUGAAGAAUGGGGAGUACUGGGUUGGGAAAGAUCCCAGUGUUGAGGGACACGUAGGCGCUGAGAGAUUGGGCGUUUUCUAUCCUAGAGGUGCCACUUUGGGCGGGAGCGCGAUCAUCAACGCAGCUGCGACGUUCCUGCCAAGCGACAGCGACUGGGACUUCUUUGACAAGGGCGUUGAAGAUGGUAUUUGGAGUGCCGAAUUGAUGCGGAAAUACUUUGAGAAAAUCGAGCAUAACAACUAUCUCGAACCCGGUACUCCUGGUCACGGCUUUAAAGGCUGGCUACAGACGAACAUUGCUGAUCGAGCUACCCAUGCGGCUGAAGCACUCCGCUUCAAGGUCUUCCAAGCUGGAUUAAAAUUGGUUGGGAAAGAUCCCGAAAAUGUACUGGACUACCUCACCAGCGACGCGAACUAUCUCGAUCCAAUGCGUGACCAGACAGAGGGUCUGUCGUCACUGCCAUUCCACGUCACACCCAACUGGAAGCGCUUCAGUCCACGCGACCGUAUCCAGGAAUUGCGCAAGCUAACGAAUUCGAACGGAACGUUGAAGUAUCCGCUACAUCUGCAGCUUGAGUCUUUGACCACGAAGGUGCUAUUCGAUGAGUGCGGUAGCAAUGGCACAAAGCCGCGAGCCAUUGGAGUCGAAUACUUGCAAGGCAAGUCCGUAUAUAAGGCCGACCCACGUCGUAACACAUCCACCACCGGUACACUGCACCAAGCUUUCGCUCGAAAAGAAGUCAUCGUAGCUGGUGGUGCCUUCAACUCGCCGCAGAUCCUACAGCUCUCUGGUAUCGGGCCCAAAGCUCUUCUUGAGAAGUACAACAUCCCUGUAAUCUCUAACUUACCGGGUGUGGGUCGCAACCUCCAGGACAACUACGAGGUACCCAUUUACGGGAACGCCCAAAUCAGCUUCGCAAAGACACCUGACCCCAAUGCACCAAAAUGCACAAACGGAUCACCCGGCGAUCCAUGUAUCGAACUUUGGUACAAUGGCCAAGGACCCUACGCGCGCGGCGGCACAAACUCGAACGCGUUCCUCCUCAAGACAGCCCAUGCGGUCGAAGGCGAAAGAGACGAACUAAUGUUCGGCUUCACGGGUGGCUCCUUUGCAGGCUUCGCGCCACCGACGUCUCAAAACACGACACGCUACCCUCCCACAACAUUUUCUUGGUCCACCGUCAAGAUACAUCCCCAGAACACUGCCGGAUACGUCCAAAUCCGAUCAGCCGACCCAGUAGACACACCGGAAGUGAAUUUAAACUACUUCGCCGAGGGCGCAGCAACAGAUUUAAACGCCAUGCUCGACACUGUUGCUUUCGUCCGUAGAGCAUUUGCUUCCACCGAAGCACCGGUCGGACCUGUGACACCUGUUUCUCCACCCUGUCCGCCGGCUGAUGUCCUUGAGACGGGCUACUGCCGUGAGGUGCAGAUUGAUAGGGAGUGGAUUCACGACCAAGUCUUUGGUCACCACCCCACAAGUGCGAACAAGGUCGGCCCGGAUUCUGAUCCUAUGGCCGUGUUGGACACGAGGCUGAGGGUUAGAGGGGUCGAAGGGCUGCGGGUAGUAGAUGCGAGUGCAUUUCCUAGAUGUCCGGGUGCGUUUCCGGCGGUUAGCACGUUUUUAUUGAGUGAGCGGGCGACGGAUCUGGUGUUGGAGGAUGUGGGCAAGUGGUGA